AUCAGCUGAUCAGUCCGCAAAACACUAUUUAUUAUUUGCUACAGCUAUUACUGAUAGUUCUACUAUUACUGCACCACUAUACCCACCUCCAUCUUAUUCGUUUUUCAAUCUGUUUCUGUGUUUCUUCUGCUUAUCCAUUUUUGAGCAAAUCUCCAUCUUACAUCAUAGAGAGGCAGGUAAAAUUAGAUAACUACUAGCGAAGCAGGUUCACUGCUACUCGGCACGUUAUUCAGUUCAACAAGGGAUCAUGGACGUCUCUCCAGCACUUUCAGCUCUUGAAGCUCUCUCUUCCUCCACCUCUACAUCGUCCUCUGGACCCGUCAAUGGGCUCAUCGAUGAUCACCUCGUCCAAGCCAAAAGACGCAUUAUGGCUGGUGAAGACCCAAGGACAGUCGUACAAGAGCUGCAGAAAGCCGUGGUUAAAAGCAAGAAAGAGGUGGAGAAGAAUUUGAAGGCAUGGUAUUUUGCUUUGGGAAAUAUGGGUAAGGCGAUUGAUAAGACAUUUCCGGCCCAGUUAAGUGCUAUUAGCAGGGCGUAUGAAGAACCGAGUCUAUUUGCAGAUAAAGAUGCGUCUCAAGCGCUAGACAAAGCUGUACUUGAAUCGCUGGGCCGCAGGGGUCUAUGGGACUCUGUCGCCGCUUUGGAAACGGAAACUUCAUUAGUUUUUCCAUCUGAACGCCGCCUCCUUGCUGAAGAGCUCCAACGAAUUACCACUUGCCUUCUAUCUAACGACAUCUCUCCCGCUUUGAAGUGGUGCGAAGAAAACAAGUCAUUCAUUCAUUCUCCUCCACACCCAUCGUCACUCCCUUAUUUUCUCCAUCGUGCAGUUUUUAAGUCCAUUGAGGAUCCCGGACAUGCUAUCAUGUACGCUCGACAGCACAUGAUGGCAUACUUGCCGUUGUACCCAGUCACAAAACUCAUUACCUCACGGCUGUACGAUGGGGCGAACAAAGCGGAAUUUAAAGGACAAGAUACUGAGAUGGACGAAACCGUUAUUAAUUCUUUUGAACAGGAGGAUGCGGUGGACUUGGUUGCUCUGGUUGCAAUGUUCCAGAGCGAGUUUAAGAGAAGACAUCAGUGGCCAAAGGAAGAUCCACUCGAGGUGGCCGUGGAUUUGGGAUCCAAAGGAGGAGCGCUGAAUGUAAUUGAAAAAGCCAGGAGAGUAAUGGGAGAGCACCUUGGACACAUUCGAGCGUGGACUGAUUUGCCUAUGGAGGUACCCCUUCCGCCCUCCAGGAGAUAUCAUUCGGUCUUUGUCUGCCCAGUAUCGAAGGAGCAAGCUACCGAAAGCAAUCCUCCUAAGAUGCUGGUUUGUGGACAUGUUAUAGCAUCUGAAAGUUUUGAAAGGUUGUUAAAGGGGGGUCGACGAGAGGUGAAAUGCCCAUACUGUCCCGUUGAAACCGCGCAAUCAGCUGCUCAAAGAUUGUACUUCUAGGUCUUGACACGUACACUGUACACAUCCCUCUGCCCUGUUUGGAUAUUUUCAAGGUAUUACAUGUAGCAAUGCA